GAAGUUUAUGUCAGAUGUCAGAUUGAUAAUUAAAAUUAAGGUUAAUCUAUAAUUUUUAAGAAAUCUUUAAUUAUUAAGAAUUACAGUUAUUAAAUUUAUAGUAGUUAUUGAAUGAAUAUUUAAGUUAAUGGUUAGUUCACAUCACAAUUCACUCAAAUAAAUAAUGAAGAUAUGGAUGAAGUCGAUAUAAAUGAUGUAUUCGAUGAUUUAGUAUUAAGUGAAGAUCGUGGUAAUCAAACAGCCUACAAUAUUGGAUACAACACGGGAAAAACCGAUGGUAACAUUGAAGCAUACCAUUUUGGAUAUCAUCGUGGCACUGAAAUUGGUACGGAAUUAGGUUAUUAUUUUGGUAUCAUAAAAAUAUAUCAAACAAGUACAGCAUUUCAUGAAACUACCGAUGAAACUUUAAUACGUGAUGUACAUACAAUUAUAUCGUACAUUGAAAGUAUUCCAUCGAAUGUGAAUUUUGAGCAACUUAUUGAAACGAUUGAGAAGAUUCGUGCAUUGUUUAAAAAAAUUUGUUCUCGUUUAAAAAUACAAUGUCAAUUUAAUUCAACCAAAAAUUCAUUAACAUUUUAAUUAAUAUAUAAUAAAUAUAUUUGUAUGGCAUAAUUGUAAACUUUAAUACAUUUCUGGAUAUUUUAUUUUUUGUUAGAGUUUGCAAUGUUGUAAGAGUUUAAACUUUGUAAAUUUAUUUGGAAUUUAAUCAAAGAGUUACAUUAAAUACCAAUCUCGCAUUACAAUAGCCAAUCACUUAGCUAUUCAGUAAUUUUAAUUUCGUUAGUCUCAUCGUAGUGCCU